AUGGAUUCAUUUAAUCCUUUUUUUGUGAAAAAUAACACAUUUAUCCAACCUGCCUAUUUUAUAAUAAGUGGAUUUAUUGGGUUACCAAACAUGAAGUAUUACUAUGUCUUUCUCUUUUUUGUAUUUAUAAUCUCAGUGCUGGGAAACGUGGCUGUAAUGGCUGUAAUCUGUCUGGAUCAUAACCUCAGAGCUCCAAAGUAUGUUGCAGUUUUUAACCUUGCAUUUGUGGACCUCUUAGGUAGCUGUGCUCUGGUACCAAAGGUCCUUGAUAUCUUUUUGCUUAAUCAUUAUUAUGUCCCCUACAAUGACUGCUUGGCGUUUCUGUUCUUCUGCUACAUUUGCCUUUCAAUGCAGGCUCUUAAUCUGGUUGCUCUCUGCUACGAUCGCCUGAUGGCCAUCAUGUUUCCUCUGCACUACCAUGUAAAGGUUACUCAUAAGAUUAUGUUUUCCAUGAUUACCUUUUUUUGGCUUUUUGUAAUAACUUGUGUUUUAAUUGCAAUUGGCCUUCUUACAAGACUUUCCUUCUGCAAGUCUGUGGUUAUUAACAGCUAUUUUUGUGACCAUGGUCAAAUCUACAAGCUGGCAUGCAAUGACAAUUUUUCUAAUUUUGUGAUCUCGCAAUUACUUCCAUUUCUAUUUCUUUGGAUGCCUCUUAUUAUAAUAUUUUCCAGUUACAUAUGUAUUGGGUAUACUUUAGCUCAGGUGGUUGCAGCUCAGGAAAGGGUGAAGGCUCUUAGAACCUGCACAGCUCAUCUCUCAUUGGUAGUGAUCUAUUUCUUUCCAAUAUUGAUCACGUUUACUAUGGGUUCUGGCAUCCAUCCAAAUGCCAGAAUCAUUAACUUGUCUUUGACCUCUGUUAUUCCUCCACUGUUAAACCCAGUCAUUUAUGUUUUGCAUACACAAGAAAUAAGAUUAUCAAUUAAAAGAAUACUAAAAGGUAGGAAUAAAGCUAAAAUUAUGGUGAAAUAA